AUGAAGAAUGAAUCUGAUACCAGUAGCUAUAUAAAGUCUAACACUCAAAAAAAGAUUGACGAGCUGGUCUUUGGUUCUGUGGCUGGAGCUUUAGGAAAGGUAGUUGAGUAUCCUUUGGAUACAAUCAAAGUUCGAUUACAGUACUCCAGUGGGAAGACUCCAGAGCAUCCUUCGACAUGGAAGGUCAUCACACAAACUUACAAGCAUGAAGGUUUUUUUAACGGAUUUUACAAAGGCCUGAGUUCACCUCUAAUGGGAGCUGCCGCUGAAUGUUCUUCUCUGUUCUUCAGUUAUGAGCUGGCUCAAGACUGGGUGAAAUCCUACAAACCUGAAAUUACAUUACUCGAUAAGAUCUAUUGUGGUGCAUUUUCGGGUGUGGUAACUUCGUUCAUUCUCACCCCAAUCGAACUUGUCAAAUGUAAGAUGCAAGUGAUUAAUCUUCAGAUGAAAUCUGAAAAACCUCCUGGAAUAGCCCGAUUGGUCUCUGAUAUUUACAAGAGCCAAGGGUUGAAAGGCUUGUGGAAAGGACAACUAAGCACAAUGAUAAGAGAAACAGGUGGAACAGCUCUAUGGUUCGGAGCUUACGAAUACGUCCUCAUUCUCUUUAAUGGGGGAAUCUCCAAAGAUGCCAAAUCUAACGGAACUUCCUUACAAUACAUCAUUGCUGGUGGUGUUGCUGGAGCCGUCUACAAUGCAUCAUUUUAUCCAGUGGACACUAUCAAGUCCAUGAUCCAAACUGAGCAGAGCCAUCAUCAACAAGUGAAGACGGCAGACAUCAUACUUCGUUUGUGGCGAUCCAGAGGCUUUAGGGGCUUUUAUUCUGGAUUGGGAAUCACAUUGUUGAAGAGUGUUCCUGCCAACGGUAUAGUCUUCUUCACACACCAGACAUUGAAAAACAACUUUUCAUAG